AUGAGAAAAGAAUGGAGGAAGUUGACUGUCACGGAGAGGAAGUCCUUUAUAACUGCCGUCCAAUGCAUUAUGAACGAGCCGGUGGUGUCGGAUCCUAAGAGAGUACCGAUGGCAAAGUCUCUGUACGACGAUUUUGUAGCCGUCCACUACACCAGCUUUCGCAACACACAUUUGACAGCCUCAUUCUUUGCUUGGCAUCGUUAUUACUUGGCCAGUUUUGAGCAGAGAUUGCGCACACAAUGCAGAUAUAAAGGUGCCCUUCCAUACUGGGAAUGGGGACUCGACAUAAACAACCCAGCCGCCUCACCAGUCUUUGACGGCACUGAGCUUUCGCUGGGAAGCGACGGCGAGUUCAUUCCCCACGAUGGUCUACAACUACGCCAGCCCUUCUCAAACAACACCAUCAAACUUAAGCCCGGUUCCGGAGGCGGGUGCAUCAAGUCAGGCCCCUUCCAGAACAUGACUGUACACAUUGGACCCGCCUCACUUGCGCAAUAUGGCACCACGAAGCCCUUCAAUGUCACGGAUCCCCUCCAAGACCUACCUAGAUGUCUAAAGCGAGACCUGAACAAGGACAUAGCCCAGCGGUUCAACUCGUUCAGAAAUACGACAACUCUCAUCCUCGAACAAACAAGCAUCAAGAACUUCUCUUCGCUAUUACAAGGAGAUGACCGCUUCUUUCCCAACACUUUGGGGAUCCACGGUGGUGGCCACUUCAUCAUUGGCGGGGAUCCAGGGGCAGACGGUGUCAUUGCGCCCGGCGACCCGGCGUUCUGGGUCCACCAGGCCCAGGUCGACCGUGUAUACUGGAUCUGGCAGAACCUGGACUUCAAGAAUCGCCAGGGAGUAUUUGGUACAAUGACCUUGCAGGAUAACCCAAAGAGCCCCGAGGGCAGCGUCGAGGAUGAUAUUGACCUUACGCCUCUCAACACGCCAGUGAAGAUCAAGAACCUGAUGAACACGGUUUCUGGGGCACCGCUUUGCUAUAUGUACGAGUAG